AUGCUUAUAAUUAUGCCACGUAUCUGGUUGCCCGAUGGAUCGCAGGACUGUUUUGAGGCGCGCGCGCGCGCGGCCGCAGUACUCGGAGUCGGCCGCCUGCCCUCGCAGGGGGCCCAGGAGCUGGAGCGAGGCGCCGAGAGAGGGGCGAAGCCGCCAGCGUGCUGGGGCCCGCCGAGGCCGGCGGUGCUGACGGGCUCUGCGCGGUGCGCGCCCGCGUUCUCGCAGGCUGCCCGUGCAGAGGGGAACAUGGGGCCUCGACGGCCGCAGGGGCUGGUCGCCGACGCCGCCGAGCAAGGGUGGCAGGGACACCGCGCUGCGGCGAGGCCGACCACCGAGGAGGAGGGGGAGCACGGGCCAACCGGCCCUGAUAGGGGGGGAAGGGCAAAGUUCCGAUGA